CAAACUCAGUACCUGAAAGUCCAAACUUGGUGUCACCGUCAGUCGGAACCGUUGUGCUUAGUCAGAGGGAUUUAGUACCGGAAUAAUAUACCCGAAAUUACGCGUGUCUCGGCAGGCCGGGCAAGUAAUCCCUCUGUGCACUGCACACGCUGCGCAACUGAUAUCCUUUAUGCCUCCUGCACAGAAAGACACUGGUCCCGUCGAUGCAACCGGUCUCGAGUUACGGCGAGUCCGGGAUCGCGGUAUGUCUACCGCAUUACUCAUUUACCCUCAUUUCUCGUAUGGAUAUAUGCUUAUGCAGAAUAAAACAGAAUUAGAAUUGAAGAGAUUGUCCGGAGAUAUCUCUUGUGCAGAGUGUCGCAGAUUAAAGCUAAAGUGUGACAAGAAGGUUCCAUGCUCCUCGUGCGUACGCCGGGGCUGUAAGCAGAUUUGUCCGACGGGAACGACCACGGGCGGAAACACUGGCCGGCAAAUCGCAAUUAAUGCUGCAUCCACGUCGAUCUCAACUGGCAGUGAUGUAGGCCGAAAGCUGACCUCGAUGAGCGAGAGAAUUAGCGUGCUUGAAGACGCGUUGCAAAUUCAGGGUGGUGCAUCUCACCCGCUGCUCUCAUCAGAGCUGCUUGCCAUUAAGCAAGGUGUUGAUGCCGUCCAGCCGAUCUCUCAGAAGGCCGAGGAUGACGAAGCUGAGGAAGAACUGACGGAUGCAUUUGGGACCCUUUCAAUCAGGGAAGAUAAGACAAUGCGGUUUCUGGGCGCUUCAGCUACAGAAGGUGUACUCUUGAUGCAAGUCCUUGGAGGAGAGACGACUCAUCCAAAUUUUGACUUAUCGAGUCUACCGCAAGAGCUUGUACAAGCCAGCGGGAUGUGGCCGUUUGUGCCUGCCUACCUUUCGCGUUCCGAACAUUACGCUCAGCUCGCUUCUCACCUUCCUCCAUAUGAGCGUGUUACAUCGUUGACGGAAGCUUAUUUCUCUAAUUUGGCAUGGUUUAUCGCGCCGAUCGAUCGUGCUCAAGUUGUCGAGGCCGUUGUUCCCAACUUUUAUCCAGAACAUCGACCUAUUUCGCCGGAACUAAUCAAUAACGAAAACAUUCAUGAACUUGCGCUGUUAUUCAUAGUAUUAGCCUGCGGAGCAGUUGCAGACCUCACCCAACCUGCAGCAAACCCUGAGGCUGAGAAGUACCACCAGCUCGCGCGUGCAGCUCUGGGGAUGCGAUCUUUCCUUGAUUACGCCUCGUUUGCUGCCUGUCAAACGGUGUUCUUGAUGGGAUCAUAUGAGAUAUACUCAGGACACAAAACGACUCAGGAAAGCUCCUGGAAAUUGAUGGCUAUAGGCAUGCUUAUUGCAUCUAGCAUCGGGCUUCAUCGUGAUCCUUCUCGGUGGAAACUAAAUGUAAAGACGGUGAACUGGCGCAGACGAACUUUUUGGGAGAUUAAUACGGUUGAUAAAUGGAGGAGUUUAGGGUCCGGAAGACCGAUGAACUUCCCAAACAACGCGGUUGACUGCGAAUAUCCUCUAGAUCGUGGCGCAACAGUUGAAGAAGACGGUGUCGUUGUUGAAAGUGUUUGGCAGUGGCGAUAUCGCUUCACACGCGACGUUUUAGCCUACCUCACAGAGAAGAUAUGUGCUGCUCGACCGCCAAAAUAUUCGGACAUUAUGGAAAUGGACAGAGCGGUCCGCGCUUUCGAUGUGCAUCCUUUCGUGUAUCAGCGACCGAAGCCAAACUACGCUUUCGCUACUGAAGGAGAAUACAGGAACCUCCAUCCGUAUAUCACUCUCUGGUGGAAAGAGAUGGCCUUACUAUACAUUCAUCGCAGUUGUUUCGCCCGUGCGAUGCUUGACUAUCCGAGCAACCCUAUGAAGAGUCCAUUCUCCGCUUCCUUCUUAACGACUUAUCGAAGUGCAACGGUACUGUUGAAAAUACUUCGGGAUGCAUCUGAUCGUCUUUCUCUCAUUUUAGAACGCAUGUGGUCGCUCUGGUCUAUAUCAUUAAGCUGUGCCGUGAUUGUCGGAUCAGUCGCAUGUAGGCCAUCGACGAUUAAUUUUGCCUCAUCGGCUCUCAAUGAGCUCGAAAAGGUUAUCAAAAUCUUUGAGAUGUCGAGUAGACAUCCCGUCGCACGUAAUGGCGUGAACCUCUUGUACCGGAUGCGGGACAAGGCCAAUGCUGCGUUCCAUGCACACGAUUCGCGUUCUCGUUCUGCGUCGACGACAACUUCUGAUGGUGAUAAACAAAAUAUCGGCGAGCUGAAGGUCUCGCGCUUCCCACCUACGUCUAGUGAGCUCGUGGGUGACGAUGAGGAGUUAAACAUCUUGCGUGGCACGACUAGAUACGUUGAACAACGGAGCAUCCCACCUGAGCGGGCUAUUGAGGACUCGCACCGUCACAAUUAUCUAACAUACUAUGGUUCUACUUCAUCGAACUCGUCAUCGUGCAAGUCUCCGGAAAUGCCACAGAGCUCAACGAGCGGAAGUAGUUCUCAAGCCUCCGAUUCUCGCAGAAGUGACUUUUCGACCACGUUCUCAGCCUUGGACCCUUUGAUGGCUCCAAGUCCAUUCGUCCAAGGCUCUUCGGGAUAUAGCAGCCAUACACCUGGAACCCCUGCGACCUCCUAUGAUUCUCCUGAGCUUACUCAGGAUCCAUGUGAUCCGUACGACAAUUACCUCCCUCCAUUCGUGGAGGCUUCGAAUCGGGAUGUGGAACGAACGAAGGUAUGGACUGGCGGCAGCGGAGGCCUUGGAGGAGAUAUUUCCAUGCAACUCGGAGGACAACAUCAGCAGAUCCAUAUUGAAGCUAAUCAGGCGCACUCCACACAGUUAGGGAAUCAGCAGCCUUCGACGUCAUUCCCAUUCUCUGGAACACAAGCCUUCCCUUCCCAUCCGUUGGUACCAAUGGACGCUUCUCACGCAGAACAUAACAAGGGAUACUUUACUGGGACUCCGAACACUUCAACGCAAUUCAAAACUACCGAACAAGAUAUGUUCCCUCCUUACGAUUACACGUACGACCCUACCAAUAUAGGACAGUCGUAUUUCACAGGACCUUCUCCGGAUCCACAAGUAUUGGCGAACCUUAAUGCAUUGUAUCAAAAGGCAGACGGCGGAAAUAUCGAAGUUUGGGAUUCGUUCAUGCAGGCAUUUGAACUUACAAAUAACGUCGAUUCUGGGCAGAAUGAGGGUUGGGAGGCAAUGAUACAUCGUUCUCCGAGGGAAGAUGCUCAAAGUGUAGGGGCAGACGGAAAAGUGGACGGAUUUACCGCUUCGACUCGUGCUUUUAGUGUGGAAAAGCGAUCAUCAUCGCAUGGGAUAGCAAAUAAGACUGUCCUAUGUGAACGCUUCGCUACAGCAUCCCGCAAUGCAGUGUUCAUUGGAGCUCGCUUCAAAUCCUACUUGAGGAUAGAAGCAUCAUCAUUCAUCAAAUAUGAUAUUCCGAUAUCUCGAGUUCGUCAAUGGGAUGUAGUUAUUCAACAUGCAUGUCUCAAAGCUGGUCAUGUUUACGACUCUCAUUAUGUCUUACUGGCCGCCAUCCAGAAUUUCCUUACUCCAGUACCGAAUUUCU